UUUCAUAGUGUGCAUUCAUUUCAAUUCAUUCAACUCACUUCGUUGAAUAAAGUUGUGUGCAAUUUGUCUAUCAUGAUUUUUUUACCAAUUUGGGACAGAUUUAAACUCCGAAAGUAUUUUAUUUAUGUAUAAAAUAUUUUAAUUUCGUUAUAUAAUACAUUUUUCGCUGUGUAAAGUUGCCGAAAGUGAAAUGUAAUGGAAUUAAGCCGAGCGUUUCUUAAAUCCUUGUAAAACAAGAGUUGUUUCUUCGUGAACAUAUCAUUAUUUGUGUUUAAAUUUCUUUGUUAAAAGUUGUAAACAAACGAAACUGUUUAUUAGAAGGGGUAACUUGAGUAUAAAUAAAUUAGGUAAAUUAAAACAAUGGAAGUAUCUAAUGAAAUAAAAGAAGAUAUUCGGAAAACGCAGUCGGACUUGAAAAAUGCGAUACGAAUCCAUCAGAUUUGGGUUGCGCGCCUUCAAGACGAUGAAAACAAUAAUCACAUUAAGACCAAAGUUAAAGAAGCAGAAAAAGAAAUAAUAGCUAUUGGACAAACUCAAAAAUUGGUUGUAGAAAGACUAAGAAGAGAGCUAGAAUUGUAUCAGCAACGUUUGAAGGCACGCAACAAGCAAAUUAAUAUAGAAAACGACAAUAGAUAUGUAGCACAGCAACUAAGGGACCAUCAAUUACAAUAUCGUAGCAGAAACAGAACGGUAUCACUUUUGAAACCAUCUGUAUUGAAUGAAAUACAUAUUAAAACUGAGAACAAUAGUGAUGAAGUAAAAGAGAAUAUAUCUGACUCAGAGAUUGAGAUUAAAUUGUCAAAUGAGAAGGAAAACUCAAAUCACAGUGGAAAUGAGGACAAAGACCAAUAUUCAAGGAAUUUUACUCAACUGAACAAUGUCCAUGAUAGCCGGAGCAAUUUUGUUAAUGCUUUAAAUAAAGUUAAGGAAGCUUUUAGUGAUUCAAAACAUGAAGAAAACAAUGAGUGGCAGGAACAGAAGUCUGAUUCGGAUUCGUCUAGAGGUGCCGUGCUCUCGCCGACGCCGUCGCCGCCGCCUUUACCAGAACCAGGUGAACCGGUGUCGAAAGAAACUUUCUUGAGACUCAUUGGUCUAGUGACACCUCUACAAAGGGAGAUAAUAGAGAAGAAGAGGAAUGAACGCCGUAAAAGGUCCACAACAAGUACAAACAGAAAUGAAUUUCUUUAUGGGAGCUUUGAAAUGUUACCUAAAAAGAAAAAGUACAACCAGUUCCCUUAUCUUCAAACUCAUAAUGAUCCUCCACAGACAAGAUCUGCCAAGUUACGCAAACAACAGAACCAAAACAAAACAUCUCGAGAAGGCUCGCCCUCAGGAUCUUCUACGGAAAAUAAAGCAUGGACCAACGGCAAGCCUGCGUGGGCAGCGACUCUGCCGGCUAGUUUAUCUGUAGAACCAGUGUAUGCGUCUCAUAAAAAAGUGUGUCAUGUCUGCGGAAGAAAUGACGUGUUGUCGCUGCUGGUGCGCGACCCCGACCCCGACCCCGACCCCGCCACGCACGCCAUGCUCUACAGAGAUAAACUAGCCGAGCGUAAGAGUUUACAAGAGAAAAACAUAAAACUCUGCGUGGAGCUACGAAAACUCGAGGCUAGAGCAGCGAACUUAAAGGAGAAUCUCGACGAGCAUAAUGCGGAGAAACGUCAAUUGUUAGCCGACCAGAUCAAGACUCAGAGAAACCUUCAGAAGCUUCUCGACUUCAUUAGUCAGUUCAAAGAGACGUCGAUAAGCAUACGAUCCACGUCCGUCAGUGAGUCUGGCAGCGAAAUUAGUAAAAGUAAUGAAGAAUAAAAGGAAUUGAAGUUGUUGAAGGUCUGAUUGCGUAUCUCUGUGUUUGUGAUUCGUGGUCAGUGUGAUUGUUAAUUAUAAAAGUAUGGAGUUCCAGUAGUUCAAAAGUUAGUGUUACCUAGAUUUUCAAUGUUUUAUUAUUAGGAAAUGAAAGUUCUAAUGUUAGUUUGAUUUCGUUUUAGUUAUAAUGAAAUAUUUCAAGAAGAAUUUGAUUAUUACCGAUUCUUAUGAUGACAGUCUUUUUAAUGAGACAGAUAGUCAAAUUUAGUAAUUGAGUAACUAUUUUAAUAUGGAUUUAUGGUUUAGAGAAGAGAUAAAUUCUGUAAACCAACUAAAAAAAUAUUCUUUAUUCUAUCAAAUUUAUUUUGGUCAGAAAGGAUAAUAAAUCAAUUGUAUUAAAUCAAAUUAAUAGCCAAAAGAGAAGUGUUCAUUGAUUCCUAAUUUAGUAUAGGUGUAGUUAUUGUCAAGUAAUAUUGAAAAUGAAUUUUGUUCCGAAUAAUAAGGUUUAGUUUAAGAGUCGUUUGGAAUGUAGUUGUGUUACGGUUUGAAAAAUCAAGUGUCCGUCCUUUUAUAUAUAACUAUACAAGAGGAAAAGGAAGACGAGAUUUUCAGUGAUUAAGUUGAAUCAACCUUUAUUCUCUGUGAUAUGAUUAUUUUCUCCUAGGUUGUUAAUGGUACAAACGUACUUUGUAAUGAAACUUGAUUGUAAAAACCUUAUUAUGUAAAUAAAUAUUCGUAAAUUGGUAAA